AGGAUGAGUGGGAGCAGAGCGAGCGGGAUCGCCUGCGGGACCUGGAGGAGCGGGAUGCCUUUGCUGAGCGGAUCCGGCGAAAGGACAAGGAUCGGACCAGGAAUGUCCUGGAGUGCUCGGACAAGAAGGCCUAUGAGGAGGCUCAGAAGCGACUGAAGAUGGCAGAAGAGAAUCAGAAAUCCAUGGUCCCUGAGCUGCGUAAGAAGUCACGCCGGGAUUACCUGGCCAAGCGGGAGCGGGACAAGCUGGAGGACCUGGAGGCAGAGAUUGUAGAUGAGAAAUACCUCUUCUCGGAGCUGGAGCUGACGACGCGGGAGCAGAGGGAGCUGGAGUACAAGUGCCGGGUGCGCGACCUGGCCAAGGAGUACAAGCAGGCAGGCGAGAAGGAGAAACUGGAGAAGAGCAACCGCUACUACAUCCCCGAGGAGAGUCGCAGCAAGAAAAUCCCCGACCACUAUGAGGAGCCGCAGGCAGAUGAGCGCACGGCUCCCCGAGAUGAGCAGCAGCGCUGGGAGGAGGAGCACAUUGGGGCGGCUGCCUUGCGCUUUGGGGCCCGUGAUGCCAGCCAGCACCAUCCCCACAAGGACUAUGAGUACGUGCUGGAGGAGGAUGAGAUGAUCCAAUUCGUCAGCGCCGUGCAGAUGCAGGGCAUCCAGCAGGAGAAGGAGGAGAAAGCGUCGCUGUCGGAGGUGGAGCGUCGGAAGCUGUCCAUCCAGGAGGUGCGGCGCAGCCUGCCCAUCUUCCCUUACCGCCACGACCUAGUGGCAGCCAUCGCGGAGCACCAGGUUCUCAUCAUUGAAGGAGAGACGGGCUCUGGGAAGACCACCCAGAUCCCCCAGUACCUGUUUGAGGAGGGCUACACCAGGGAAGGCAUGAAGAUCGGCUGCACCCAGCCCAGACGCGUUGCAGCCAUGAGCGUGGCUGCCAGGGUCUCUCAGGAAAUGGGAGUUAAGCUUGGAAAUGAGGUAGGCUACAGCAUCCGCUUUGAGGACUGUACCUCAGAGCGCACAGUGCUCAAGUACAUGACAGACGGGAUGCUGCUGCGGGAGUUCCUCACGGAGCCUGACCUAAACAGCUACAGCGUGAUCAUCAUUGACGAGGCUCACGAGCGCACCCUCCACACUGACAUCCUCUUCGGUCUCAUCAAGGACAUUGCCCGGUUCCGCCCAACGCUCAAGGUGCUGAUUGCCAGUGCCACACUGGACACCGAGCGCUUCUCUACUUUCUUUGAUGAUGCCCCCAUUUUCCGCAUUCCUGGCCGCCGCUUCCCCGUCGACAUCUACUACACCAAGGCCCCGGAAGCUGACUAUCUGGAAGCCUGCGUGGUGUCAGUGCUGCAGAUCCAUGUCACCCAGCCCCCUGGUGACAUCCUUGUUUUCCUCACUGGCCAGGAGGAAAUCGAGGCCUGCUGUGAGAUGCUGCAAGAGCGCUGCCGCCGCCUGGGCUCCAAGAUCUCUGAGCUGCUGGUGCUGCCCAUCUAUGCCAACCUGCCCAGUGACAUGCAGGCCAAGAUCUUCGAGCCCACCCCACCUGGUGCCAGGAAGGUCGUUGUGGCAACCAACAUCGCAGAGACCUCACUGACUAUUGAUGGCAUCAUCUACGUGCUUGACCCAGGGUUCUGCAAGCAGAAGAGCUACAAUGCCCGUACAGGGAUGGAGUCCCUGAUAGUCACUCCUUGCUCCCGGGCCUCUGCCAACCAGCGGGCAGGGCGGGCUGGGCGUGUGGCUGCUGGAAAGUGCUUCCGUCUCUACACAGCCUGGGCCUACAAGAAUGAGAUGGAGGAGACCACAGUGCCAGAGAUCCAGAGGACCAACCUGGGCAAUGUGGUGCUCCUGCUUAAGAGCCUGGGCAUCAAUGACCUGAUCCACUUUGACUUCAUGGACCCACCACCUCAUGAGACGCUCGUGCUGGCCCUGGAGCAGCUCUAUGCCCUGGGAGCACUGAACCACCUGGGAGAGCUCACCAAGAUGGGUCGGAAGAUGGCGGAGCUGCCAGUGGAUCCCAUGCUGUCCAAGAUGAUCCUGGCUUCAGAGCAGUACAAAUGCACAGAGCAAAUCCUCUCCAUCGCUGCCAUGCUGUCUGUCAACAAUGCUAUCUUCUACCGGCCAAAGGACAAAGUGGUUCAUGCUGACAAUGCUCGCAUGAACUUCUUUCUGCCUGGUGGGGACCACCUUGUCCUGCUCAAUGUCUACACCCAGUGGGUGGAGAGUGGCUACUCAAUGCAAUGGUGCUACGAGAACUUUAUCCAGUUUCGCUCCAUGAAGCGGGCUCGGGAUGUGCGGGAACAGCUGGAGGGACUGAUGGAGCGGAUUGAGGUUGACAUCACUUCCAGUGAGGGAGACUACGUUCCCAUCCGCAAGGCCAUUACAGCUGGCUUCUUCUACCACACGGCCCGGCUGACCCGCACCGGCUACAAGACAGUGAAACAUCAGCAAACAGUGUUCAUCCACCCCAACAGCUGCCUCUUUGAGGAGCAGCCCCGCUGGCUCAUCUACCACGAGCUAGUCUUCACCACCAAGGAGUUCAUGAGACAGCUUUGGGCCUAGUGUAAGGCUUGACUGUGGACAAGAUAAGCAGUAGCUGAGAACUGGCCUCUGGGGUACAUGUCUGUUGCUUGUAAAGUCCUCCAACCCCUUCCAGGGGUAAGAUCCAUGGGGAAGAAGGUGACAUCUGCUGGGGGUCAUAGAAGUUGACAGCACAUGGCUUCUGGAAGUAGCCCCUCAUUACUACAAGGCCAGAGAGCUGGAGGAUGCAUCCACCAAGAAAAUGCCCAAGAAAGUUGGCAAGACCCGGGAGGAGUUGGGCUAGAGCCCACCU